UACGUCCGCGAAUGUUUUUAUCUUCGACGUUUUUAUUACAUCCGUAAUCGCAAAAACAGCUGUGUUACACGGAAAAAUAUUACUAUAGAAAUAAUAAUAAACUUUUAAUAAUUCAACUAUUGUGACUGGUAUUAUAUAAUACUGUUCACAAGUAAAAAAAACGUGUAGCAAAGCAAUAAGGAAAUGAGUCAUUAAUUAAACAGCAUUUUGUUGCGAGUUCCAAGGCUGUGGUAGUAAAAAAUCGUUUUAGUGGCGGAUAAUGUGUGAUUUAUCAUAAUGGUGGAUGAAUGUGACCGAAGGACUCAGAGCAAGAACACUUUGCUGAAGAUAGUGAUCUUAGGCGAUGGCGGAGUAGGCAAGUCCUGCUUGAUGAGCAGGUUUAUAUCGAACCACUUCGAUGACCACAGUUUUCACACGAUAGGUGUCGAGUUCAUGAACAAGACUAUUGAAGUUAACGACAAACAGUAUACUUUGCAAGUAUGGGACACAGCUGGACAAGAGAGGUUCAAAUCUCUUCGGACCCCCUUUUACAGGGGCUCCGAUAUAUGCAUAUUGGCGUAUGCCAUCGACGACCGAAGCUCUUUCAACAAUAUAAAGAUGUGGUUAAAUGAGUUUUUACACUACGCUGGAGUGAAGAACGGUAUUGAACGAUACCCCUUCAUGGUUGUGGGGAAUAAGUCUGACGUAUCAUCGAAAGACAGAGAAGUGUCGUACGAACAACUGAAACAGUGGUGCGAGGACAAUAAAAUCGCCACAUACAUAGAGACGUCGGCUAAGAACGAUAAUAAUGUGGUCGAAGCGUUCUCCAUGGCUGUCCAGAGGUGGGUAGAACUAGAGCAGCGGGCAGAGAAAGAGUUGAACCUAAUGCAUCAUCCUGACACUGUGACGUUACACGGACGAGGGCCCACCUCGGGCUUCCGGGCCACUUGCUGCUCCAGAUUUAGCGACAUAUGAAACAGGGCUUGAAAGAUGUGUGGAUUGCUUAUAGCGAAUAAGCGGCCUUAAUGUAGGUUAGUGAUUUUGUUUAUCGAUAUCGAUUAGAGGAGUUUAUCGACUUUGCAGAAAUGAAUAAACGGUCCCAAAUGUUAUAUAGUGAAUAUGUAGAAUGAACCAAUCCAAAUAAGUUGUUUGUUAACAUUUAAGACAAACUGAUUCCAUUGCAUAAUGGUUUCUUAUUCUAUGUCUAUUUUUAAGUUCGAUCUGAAUAUAAAUAAUGGGAUCGUUUAUUGAAGUCAGUCGUGAAACAAUAUUUUAAUCGGAUUUUAGGAAUAUUAAAUCAAUUUCUCGUAACGAUAUUUGUCUAAUAUCGAUAAACAAUGGUUUUGAAACAAUCUCAUAAAGAUUUAAAAAAUUGGUCGAUAGUUGUGAAUAGGUUUAAAUAGAGAAAAUUCUAAAUAAAGUUACUAAAACAUGCACCAAUAUACUUAUAAGAAUAAGAAUAUUCAAUACUUUUUGUUGCUUAACGGGCACUGUAUAAAAUACAACUAGAAAGGUAAAUAUUUAAUCAAAAUGCCAAUUAAAUAUCACUCGUGAUUUUCAAAUGUUACUAAUACUCUGCAAUAGAGACUAUGAAACGGAAUUAAUUUAUACAGAAUCUUGCUAAGGGGCCUAAAUUAUCGUUAAAUGUAAAUACGUAUUGAUUACAUAAUAUACAGUGUAUUUUACUUAAUAGGUUAGAUAUCACUCAACUCGGUGUGGGGAUAGUGCUAGUUGUAAUUUAUUGAGAGAGAAAUACAAACAUAAGCAUUAUUGUCUAAUUAUAAUCAAAUGAUUUUGAUAAACGAUCCAAAUCGCUUUUUCGAUCGAUCUCGAAAUGGACAAAUUAAAAUAAAGUUUUCGACAUUACAAAUGACAUUUUGAUUGGUUUAUUCCAGGGAUCGGAUCGAUAAUUAAGAUUGAGAUCGUUUGUAAAAAAAGGUCGCAUAUGAGUCUCCGACAAUCUUACUGGCCUCAUUAUUUGCAAACAAAUUUUGUUACUUCAUGUCGGUCUUAUAUAGCAGUGGUAACUCCACGGUCGAAACUGCCCGUGCGCGCAGGUAAAACUGGCAAACAGCAUGGUUCUACCACAUAAUAUUGUAUUUUGCCGGUUAUCCGAUAUCUUGCGUGAAAAAUAUUACUAUUAUACGUCAUACUUAAAGUAUUGAAUCGUGAUUAUGAAAUGAUAUUGGCGUUCUUACUGUUAUUUUAUGUUAGUUACCCAAUCAAAGACGUUUUGGUUGUGACGAUGUAUGUUUUGGAAUGGUCCAAUACGAGACGAAGUGCAUUAUUUUAACAUUCCAUUUUAUUCGUACGAAAAAAGGUUAUAUUUUAUAUACCAAAGAAUUUAUAUGCGAGUGAAAAUAUUGAGGUUUGAAGACGGUAUGUUUGUUUAUGAUUUUUAGUUUGCUUCUUAAAACUAUGGUUGCGAAAAUGUACCACAAAAUUCUACCAGCAUGGUAGAAAAACCGUCCCAUGUUU